CUGAUGUGAAGCUAACAGGGACAGGGGAGAAAAGAGGAGCUGGUGCACAGUCUGUUACAACUACAACACUGGAACAAAUAGUGAAUGGUAGUGUCUAGAAAGGGUAUGUCCCUUCAGGAGAUAGGUGCCAAUGUCCAACCGGCCUAAUUCCAAUCCAGGGGGGUCACUGCGCCGUUCACAGAGGAACACUGCUGCGGCCCAGCCACAAGACCACACGGCAGCUGGAAGAAGUGGUCUUACUCUGUCAGUGGCUUCGUUUGUGCUGCAAGACGACCAAGAGGCUGCAGGAACAUCUGAGCAGGAGACUCUUUUUGAUAGGAGACAGUCAAAAAGUAAAGGCACCCGAGGACUUAAACGAGGUGAAGCACCUGACGAAAUUAGUGUCCUUGGUCCGACCCCUACCAAGAAGCCUAAAUCAUCCCUCCCUGCACCCAGAAAUAACUCCUCAGAGGCCAAGAAAGGUCCUGCCAAGACCAAGAAAAGACCAGUUGCUACAGAAUCGUCUGCAUCGUCAGGCCGAAGUCAAGGCAAAAAAAGUGUGGCCACUGGGGCCCCUUCACUCCAGAAACGGAAGAAAUCGGACACACUCCCCGGUCUAAGUAGCACCGCUGGGUCCCUCCCCAAUUGUACCGAGGGCAGAACUGCAAAAGCCACCAAGCUGGCGUCCAAAUCUGCCGCCUCAGCCAAAGCUGGGUGUAGCAACGUGACAGACUCCUCCUCCUCUGCCUCCUCUUCUUCUUCCUCCACCACAGGCUCCAACAGCGCUGCCACACAGGGCGCCCGCGUCAAACAGGGAAAAGAUCAGACCAAGGCACGUCGCUCUCGAUCCGCUUCUAGCCCCUCCCCUCGCCGAAGUACACGUGACAAGGAGCAGGCCAAAACUCCCAGCUCAUCAAAAUUUGAGUGGGCAACACGCUUCAACACCAAAGUCAAUUUGCCAAAACCGAAACUUUCCUUACCUGGAUCCUCCAAAACUGAGCCCUCCAAGCCUGGGCCAUCUGGAUUGCAAGCUAAACUAGCAAGUUUGAGGAAAUCCCCAAAGAAGCGCAGCGAGUCUCCUCCAGCAGAGCUCCCCAGUUUUCGGCGGAGCACACGCCAGAAGACCACGGGCUCUUGUGCCAGCACAAGUCGGCGGGGCUCAGGCCUGGGCAAGCGCGGGGCAGCUGACGCUCGCCGACAGGAUAAAAUGGCUGACUCCGACAACAACCAGGAUGGAGCCAACUCAUCUACUGCUCGCACUGAUGAGACAUCACAAGGAGCUUCAGCUUCAAGCUCAGUUGCUGGAGCGGUCGGCAUGACCACCUCAGGAGAGAGUGAGUCUGACGAUUCUGAAAUGGGAAGGCUUCAAGCUUUACUGGAGGCCAGAGGUCUGCCACCACAUCUUUUUGGCCCCCUCGGACCCCGUAUGUCACAACUUUUUCACAGGACCAUUGGCAGUGGAGCUAGCUCCAAGGCUCAGCAGCUGCUGCAGGGCCUUCAGGCUACAGGUGAUGAGUCUCAACAGCUCCAAGCUGCAAUAGAGAUGUGUCAGCUGCUGGUGAUGGGCAACGAGGAAACACUCGGUGGAUUUCCUGUAAAGAGUGUUGUGCCUGCAUUGAUUACACUGUUACAAAUGGAGCAUAACUUUGAAAUUAUGAAUCACGCCUCACGAGCCCUCACCUACAUGAUGGAGGCCCUCCCUCGAUCUUCGGCUGUGGUGGUUGAUGCCAUUCCCGUCUUCCUGGAGAAGCUUCAGGUGAUUCAGUUUAUUGACGUAGCAGAACAGGCACUGACUGCCUUGGAAAUGUUGUCAAGACGACACAGCAAAGCAAUUUUGCAGGCUGGUGGGCUUGCUGACUGCCUCCUCUAUCUGGAGUUCUUUAGCAUUAAUGCUCAGAGAAACGCCUUGGCCAUUGCAGCUAACUGCUGCCAGAGCAUCACUCCAGACGAGUUCCACUUUGUUGACGAUUCUCUCUCGUUGUUAACUCAGAGACUCACACACCAGGAUAAAAAGUCAGUUGAAAGCACUUGCCUCUGUUUCGCCAGACUGGUCGACAACUUUCAACAUGAAGAGAACCUGCUGCAGCAGGUGGCAUCACGAGACCUGUUGACCAACAUUCAGCAGCUGCUGGUUGUCACCCCUCCUGUUCUUAGCUCGGGGAUGUUCAUCAUGGUGGUUCGAAUGCUUUCCCUGAUGUGCUCCAACUGCCCGAGUCUGGCAGUCCAGCUCAUGAAACAGAACAUAGCAGAAACCCUUCGUUUCCUCUUGUGUGGUGCAUCAAAUGGGAGCUGCCAGGAGCAGAUUGAGUUAGUUCCCAGAAGCCCUCAGGAGCUCUAUGAACUGACCUCCCUCAUAUGUGAGCUGAUGCCCUGCCUUCCCAGAGAGGGCAUCUUUGCCGUUGAUGUAAUGUUGAAGAAGGGCAGUGCUCAGACAACAGAAGGUGCAAUCUGGCAGUGGAGGGAUGACCGGGGCCUCUGGCAUCCUUACAAUCGCAUUGACAGCCGCAUUAUUGAGACGGCCCAUCAGAACGGAGAAGAUGAGAUCAGCUUGUCAACUUUGGGUCGUGUCUACACCAUUGACUUCAACUCUAUGCAGCAGAUCAACGAAGAUACAGGAACAGCACGUGGAAUCCAGAGGAAGCCCAACCCUCUUGCCAACCCCAAUACAGAUGGCGUUUGUCCCAGCAUCAUCAAUCCCUUGGACACAUACCUCACUUCAGAGCCGCCAGAGACAAUAACGUUUGACGACCCCUCUUUAGAGGUCACCCUGCUGCUGAGGGUCCUUCAGUCCAUCAGUCGGUACUGGUUCUACCUGCAUGAUAAUGCUGUGUGUAAGGAAAUUAUUCCAACCACGGAGUUCAUUAAUAGUAAACUGACUGCCAAAGCAAACCGGCAGCUACAAGACCCACUGGUUAUCAUGACGGGGAACAUCCCUACCUGGCUUACUGAGCUUGGGAAAACCUGCCCCUUCUUCUUCCCCUUUGACACCCGGCAGAUGCUAUUCUACGUAACUGCUUUUGAUCGGGACAGAGCCAUGCAGCGCCUACUGGACACAAACCCUGAGAUCAACCAAUCAGAUUCUCAGGACAGCAGAGUUGCACCACGUCUCGACAGGAAAAAGAGAACGAUAAACCGUGACGACCUCCUAAAACAGGCGGAGUCUGUAAUGCAGGACCUUGGCAGCUCCAGGGCAAUGCUGGAGAUCCAAUAUGAGAACGAGGUGGGCACAGGUCUCGGUCCCACUCAGGAAUUUUACGCUCUGGUGUCCCAGGAGCUUCAGAGGGCUGAUCUUGGUCUUUGGAGAGGUGAAGAGGUGACUCUGGCCAACCCUAAAGGAAACCAAGAGGGGACGAAGUACAUGUUCAGCUCCAGAGGACUGUUUGCCGUUCCCUUCGGCAGAACGACUAAACCAGCACACAUAGCCAAAAUUAAAAUGAAGUUCCGUUUCUUGGGAAAGUUAAUGGCCAAAGCCAUUAUGGAUUUUAGACUGCUGGAUCUGCCUUUAGGACUCCCUUUUUAUAAGUGGAUGCUACGACAUGAGAUGUCUGUGGGCUCUCACGACUUGACAAACAUUGAUCCUGGCGUGGCCAAGUCCAUCCAGCACCUGGAGGAUAUCAUCCGUCAGAAGAAGAAGUUGGAACAGGACCGGUCCCAGACUAGAGAAACCCUACAGCAGGCCCUCGAGAGCCUGAACAUGAACGGCUGCUCUGUGGAGGAACUCGGUUUAGACUUCACUCUUCCAGGAUUCCCAAACAUCGAGCUGAAAAAGGGAGGCAAAGACGUCCCAGUCACCAUUUACAACCUCGAGGAGUACCUCAGGUUGGUGGUGUACUGGACUUUAAACGAAGGAGUGUCGAGACAAUUUGAGUCAUUUAGGGAAGGGUUUGAGUCCGUCUUCCCCUUGCAUCACCUACAGUAUUUCUAUCCAGAGGAGCUUGACCAGUUGCUGUGUGGCAGUAAAUCUGAGACGUGGGAUGUCAAAACGCUGAUGGAGUGCUGUCGACCGGACCAUGGCUACACACAUGACAGCCGUGCCAUUCGGUUCCUGUUCGAGGUGCUGAGCAGCUUCGAUGCGGAGCAGCAGAGGCUCUUUCUGCAGUUCGUCACAGGAAGCCCGAGGCUGCCUGUUGGAGGUUUCCGGAGCCUGAAUCCACCUCUGACCAUUGUGAGAAAGACUUUUGAGUCGACGGAGAACCCGGACGACUUCCUCCCGUCAGUCAUGACCUGCGUCAACUACCUGAAGCUGCCUGACUACUCCAGCAUAGAGAUCAUGAGAGAGAAACUGUUGAUUGCUGCUCGUGAGGGCCAGCAGUCUUUCCACCUGUCCUGAUCUCUCCACAUCUCACAUAUAAAUGCCUUCAACAGCGACUGAUGAAAUCAUAACUUCCUUAGUUUUUUGUUUUGUUUAGUUUAUUUUAUUUUUUUGUAAUCACAUACAUUAAGGCUAUGGGGGUAUAGCCUUCUUGUUAGAGGAAGCAGCUUGCAGAAAAGUUAAGACUUUAAAUAUAUAUUUGCUGCCCCUGUCUCUCCAAAACAAAACAAAAAAAGGAAAAAUAUAUAAAACAUAAAAAAAAACACAAAAAUGGAAAGUUGUUCCAUGACUCAGAACUGAAAAUAUAAAAGAGAGAGUAAAACCUAUAUCAGUAGUUGAAUAAUGUUAAAAAGAUGAAUACAUCUGGGUGACAUUUUAAACUGCAUUGCUACGUCAUAUUUAAAAAAAAAAAAAGGGAUGUCGUCUCUCCGGAGCGGUGGACAGCUUCCUGGGUGUUGGGGAGGACGAGGGGAGGGGGGUGGUUCAUUGAGCAAGCUAGGUUUUCUUUAGCUCCAAAGAUCAUUUGUACAGACAAAUUUACAGACUUUGCUCAUUCUACACAUUUGAUAGAAUAGCUCUUUGUUUUCAUGUCUCAGUUCGUCAGUCGGACAUUUUGUUCUGUAUUAUACUGGCCCCAGUUUGUGUGUUGCAUUUCAGUUCAGCCCCCCCACCCUCAUGUGUCUCUUGCUUCAACUUGUGAAAACGACAGUUGCAGUUGGUUGGAUGUGGGUAGAGGAGGUCAUAUUAUCGUUUUAUUUCUUUACCGCCCUUGUUUGGAUUGUGUUCUGGCCAUCCUUUAUUAUAAAGAGCUUCAGCGUAAUUGAAGAGUUGUAACCGACGUGUUGAUCUUCGUUUUGCUCUUACUUUGAUGGAGCUGGCGUCUUUCUGUUCGACCCCACAGGAUCUGCGGGGUCCUUCUAGUAGACCAAGCUCUGAGCGACCCCUCAACACACAAUGUAGCUGGGCACAACAUUUGGCUGGUCUCAUUUUAUCGUUUCCUGGCCAGGCAACAUUUCAAGUUCAUUUAUGAAAUAAAGUAUAUAUGCAGUUUCACACCCUGUUUGAGGUGAGAACUUCUGCGUUACCUUAUUUUUUUUUUUAAUUUUCUAUAUUGUCUUCAUUUCUUGCUGUAGUUGAUUCUUUUUUCUUUGCACUGCUGGCUUGGGACAAACCGUGGUGUGCACUUGCAGUCUGUGGCCAGGCGAGGGCGCCACUGUAUGCUUUCCUGGCCCGAUCGUUCAUGUGCUGGUUUCUAAGAUCUGCAAUAAUUUACUGCAUCAGGUUCUUGUUUUUACCUGAACAUAAAUAAAGUAACUGUUUGACUCAGA